UUAGAUAAUUGUUACAGAAAAUAAACGUGGAAACGAAGUGUCAAAACUGUGGGACCGCAAACAUAUUUAAAUAAUCUACUCAUGAUAUAACAACUAAAACUAAACGUGAACAACAAUUUAUUACAAUGGUCCUAUUAGAAAAUGAUGCGUUUCUUUCGGAACUCACAAAACUUUUCCAAAAAGCCAGACUAGAAGGUUCUGUUACAAUGACUUUCAAAAGAUAUGAUGGUAUAGACAAACCUAAGCCAAGGGAAGGCAGGCCUCCACAUCCAGUACCUCAGGAACAUAUGUGUUUAGUGAGAGCUAAGUUUAGGUCAAAGAAAAUAGCAACAGUGAUUCACCAGCAGGACGUGAAUAAAUUUCAAGUAGCUUACAGUAGUUUAUUAAAGGGUAACUUAGAUGGACUUAAAAAAUUAAAGAAACCUAAAACAAAAACGAAGGCUGAGUAAGUUGAUUCAAAGCAUUUCUCUCACUAAAUGUGUUUCAUAAGAUUGUAUUCUACGGAAAAAAGGAAAUUUGUAUUGUACAGGUUAGAAUAAGAGUUGUUUAAUUUAAUGUUCCCUAUGUGAAUAUGGAUGAUGUAUUUUUUUUUAUUUUUUUGAAAUUGUAAUAGUACAAUAAAUGAACUUAUUAAUA